UAAGGCAACUGAACUGUAAGAAAUUGUCGGAGUGACGUGCCUACGUUCCUUCCCGCACAGACAUCCGCCCUCCUCACGGCGAAAUUGGCGAACGACGAAAUUGAGUGGGCUGCGUUACAGUUUUAUUAAAUAAAGUUUUAGUGAACUUAAGUCUGGUGAGUUAAUUACAAAAUAACGUAUGCAACUCCUAACUAUUAAUAUAAACGCGGGAUUAUUCUUUUUUUUCAAGUAUCCUAUCCGAUGGCGUGAGUGACAAGAAUUAGAGGAUGGACGGAGCACAGCACAGAAGAAAAUGGAAGAAAAUAUUGACGGUUAUUCCUUUUCUUUUGAUCUGUCUGGAUGUGAACACUGCUGCCUCUGCAGUGGGACGCCAAGCAGAUGGUCUUAGCACACCAUCUGCUUGCAAGGAAGAUGAGUUUCUCCAUUCUUCUAAAGAAUACUGCUGUAACAUGUGCCCGCCAGGGUUUUCAAUGACAAAAGAGUGUGCUGGACCAGACCUGAGAAGCAAGUGCACCAUCUGUCCGCCCGGGUUGUACCGGGAUGAGAUCAACUACACUGGAAUAUGCAAAAGAUGUUCCCCAUGUAAAACUGAUCAUAAUAAAAAUGUGACGUCUCUUUGCACAAACAAGAAGGACUUGGUAUGCGAGUGUAAAGCUGGCUAUGAAAAGUAUGUUCUCGACAAAUAUACCUGGGAGUGUAAACCGGUCGAAAACCCUUCGCCCACGCCGAAGGCUGAAGCGACAGACGGCCAGCUAAAGCCGGGCGAACCUUGGUCCUUGUAUGCUUUCGUUGCUCUACUCGCAGUCGCCGUAGUUGUUGCGGUAGUAUACAUCGUGCACGGGAGAUUUCGGAGCAGGGGCCCAACGGGGGAGAAUGUGGGCUUCACUGCCGUUGUCUCCACGAUGGAUUCCUGCGUCCAAGAAAGUCAUCAUGUUUCCAGUGGGUUGUCUAGCAAUCAGAUACCCAGUCAGAUACCCAGUCUACAGGAUCAGCUGCCGGACUGCAUUCCCAAAGAAUUCAAGUUUUCUCAGUUUGUCUACUUUGUGCUGGACCUGGUUCCCGCAGACCGCUUCAAGGAGCUGGUGCGGCAGCUGGGUGUCUCAGAGCGGGACAUUGAGCGGGCGGAGAGGGACCACCGCUUCUUUAAGGAGGCCCAGCAUCAGAUGCUGAAGGUGUGGGGGGAGAGCAGGGGCAUGGGGCUGAGGGGGACCCAGCCACUGAGGCUGGUCCAGGAGCUGGUCCACACUCUGAGGAUGAUGGGCCUGGUGGGCUGUGCCGAGGCCAUCGAGGAGAGAUACGACAUUCAGUAGAGCACAACACACACAGACACACACACACACACACGCACGCACGCACAGACACACACACACACGCACGCACGCACA